AUGUCAGAGGUUGCAGAAGUCGUUCCGAGGAUUGUGACGGUUAUUUUUAAAGAUGUUCCGGAGCCAUUCGAAAAUUUAAACAUUGUCAUAAAGCCUCUUGAAAACUCGAGAAGUUUCUGGUCCGAAUGUUAUCAAAUUCUGGUUACACCGAAAUCUAAAAACUAUUCAGACAAGGUUAUUUCACCGCUUUUUGUGAAGAUUCCACGUAUUUCUGCCGUCAAUCUAGCUUGUGACCCAGAUAAUGCUGAAGAGAAUACCAAGAUUCUGAUAGCUCUCACAGAGCGAGAAGUGAAAUUCUACAAGGAUUUCAACAACGUUGAGUUUCCCGGUUUCCCAAUUCCCAGAUUCUAUUACGGAGAAUCUCUAGAAAACGAAGAAAUGGCUGGAUUAGUGUGUGAAGAUUUCUCUGGAAUUGGUGCUUCUAUUGAUUUUGUUCCCGGAUUCAACGAUAGCCAAACUCUUCAAUUGAUGAGUGCUCUUGCUCAAUUUCAUGCAAAAACCAUCAAAGAUGGGAUUCCAUUGGAAAAAUAUAACAAUGACUUGUAUGAUGCGGCUUGGAUGCGAAUGUUGUACAACGACACUCUGGAUUUCGAAACUCUGUGUCCUGAAAAGUUGUCAGGGAGAAUCCAAGCUGUCAAGCACGCAUUCGAUGAUGACUCUGUUCAAAACUCGGAUAACUUGAAGUUGAAAAGAAAUAUGCCAUUUGUAAUUUGCCAUAAUGAUCUGAACACCUCUAAUGUUUUGUGGAACAAAACAACUGGAAAUAUUCAAGCAUUCAUCGACUUCCAACACAUCUCAAAAGGCGCUGUAACUUUUGACAUCAUCAGAAUUUUCUGUCUCGGAUUGUCAGUGAAAGAUAGAAAAGAAAAUACGGAGAGAUACCUCCACAAAUACUACGACGUCUUCCAAAACCAGUUCUCUUCUGACUCGAUUCCUUUCACCUUUGAACAACUUCUCCAAUCCUACUCCGAUCAUUUUAACUUUGUGAAUGCCACGUCACUCUUCAGUUUGUCUUAUUAUUACAAAAUGUACAAGGACACCACAUUGGAUCCAAAAGAUGAUCCAAAAGAGAAGGAGGAGAAGGCAGAGGAGAUUCUGAGAAGAGCCAUUGGAAUUUUGGAUGAUAUUCAAUCAAUUUAG